GGAGGAAUGGGAGGAAGAAGAGGAAGAGAAGGGAGGAGGACAGGCAGGCAGAUGGAUAGUGGUGUCCCUCCUCUUCCUCUUCUUCCUCUCCCUCCAUUCCAUUGCAUUCUGCAGAAUGGACAGCCAGCCCUGGCUCGUCCUCCAUUUCUGACAUAUUCACCCAUAGCCCCCCCGCUUACUGUUACUCUCUCUUCAAGCUUUGCCCCCACCCCUUUCUCUUCUUCUUCCUCCCCCCCCCCCCCCCCCGUCUCUCUCUCUCCCUCUCUCUCUGCCACUCACCUUGCUACUGCUGCUGCUGCUGCCUUCGGAUCGCUGGUGCCCUUGGCGAUGGAAAAUGAUGGCAUGAUUUGCUGGAAAGGUAAAUGUCCCCCGACCGAAGGCUGACAUCGCCCCCGUUGGUUGAUGAAGUAGUCUGAGUGAGUGUGGGAAGGAGGAACGAGGUUGUCCUCACCUCAGAGGGUGCAAGCUCGUCGCGGUGCCAAGUUAGCGAGCACACCCACUGCUUUUGCUGUGGGGAGAGAGAAAGUGAGAGUGUCCAAGGUGUAUUUCGGGUCUCGCUUUGGGGGUGCGCAGGUAAUUAAGCUGAGCGCGUGGUGGAGCGAUUAGCGCAAUUGAAUUUGUGAGUCGUGGAGCUCAUGUGGUGAAUUGGUUGUGGACGUGGUUGUGUGGGAUGUUGACUGGAGGUGGAAGUAUGCAAGUCUGAUUGUUGCAGUACAUGAGAGGAGUAGCGGAGCUGAGAGUGCAUACGAGUGGGGCUCGUCUGUGUUCUGGAAGCAAGGGGGCACUAUCACAGGGAGAGGCAGGUGACUGCGUUGGUGACAAUGGUGACAAGGAAUAGUAGCCAUGGUCGUGACAUGAAGGGAAGUUUUCAUGAGGAGAGGCAAGGUAUGUGAGUUUCAAAGGAGUGGACGAGUACUGUUGCGCUUGGAGAAAAAUGAGCUCUUUGAAUGAGCCUGGCUAAUGCCGAAUCGGGCGCCCAGGCAUGAAGGAGAGAAUCGGCCACAUGCAGCGUUGCCAAGCGCAGAAAGAGGUUGACGAUUUGCUCAUAUUAGGUGUUAAGGAAGCAUAGCCUUUUUGAGUUACAUGAACGUUACGGCAUUCAAACCUAGGACCGUCACAAUACAUGGUUCUAGAAUCAGUGUAAGCCUGUGACAUUGUCUGACUGCACUGGUGCAAGUGAGUACAAUUAGAACCAGUGUUGUUGUGGUUCAGCACAGUAGCUGAGAUCAUUGUAGAUGUGCACCAGGAAGAUCAAAAUGUGUAUGAUAUUCUUUGACGAGAAGGUCCUUACACCCCUGGGGUAGUAGACUUCGCGACUCCGAAAUCCCCGCUGUAUUUAUUGCAGCGGCGGAGGAGCGACGUGAAGAAUGUCCUCCUUCGUAUCCCCUCAUUAUAAUGCCACGGCACCAGCACCGAUAGACGGGGUCAUCUAUCCGGGCGUCCUCCCACCUGCGGGCCAACGAGCUGCAACCCCGGCAGCGUCAGGUUCCCGAAACCCACACAUCAACCCCAGUGUGGUUGUGAUUGUAGUAAUCCUCAGCGUAGUGUUCAUAUUGUCAGGGUUCCUACACUUGCUGGCGCGUUGCCUGGGGCGGCGGCGCCAACCUCCCCCGCGGCAUCACAGCCCUCUUGUGAGUGCGCUUCAUGGCCAGCUGCAGCAUUUGUUUCACUUGCACGAUGCAGGAGUUGAACAAGCCUUCAUCGACACGCUGCCAGUGUUCUCGUAUGGUUCCAUCAGGGGUUUGAAGGAUAGUGCAGAUUGCGCGGUGUGUUUGACGGAGUUCGGGGACGAUGACCGGCUGCGGUUGUUACCGAAAUGUAAGCAUGCCUUUCACUUGGAGUGCAUUGACACAUGGCUGUUGUCGAACUCGACAUGCCCCUUGUGCCGUCGCAGUUUGCUUCCUGACCCGGUUGUCCACGGUGGCGCUUCGAGCUCCCACCAUGGACAGCUCGAGAUGGUGUCUGCCUCCGACAUGAUGCACUCGAACAGGUUCAUAUGUCCUGACCAGAGGCGCUUUUCCCUGGAGGAACAGCUUGUUCGAGACUCCCGCCGCAUAAGCAGCCUCCACGGGAGCAUCCACGGCAGUUACCAGAAUAGCUUCCGCAUUUGCGAUGUAGCUGAAGUCGAGGACUCCGAAAACGAAAUUCAAGAAAUUCAGGAGAUUCAAGAAUUUCGUACCCAGGUCGAGACCCCGAGCCCUUUUGCUCCCACUAUUCGCGUCAUGGAUGAGCACGGCAUACAUCGAGUGCUCAAGGUUGAGCUCGGCAAAGUAGCGGGCCGCAAAGUGAAGACAGACUCCCGCAAGCUCACUCGCAAUGGUGGGCGAUCGUACUCCAUGGGCAGCUACGAGUACAUUGUGGACCCCUCCAACUGGGAGCUUAUGAUCGCGCCGACUCCGUAUCCUGGUAGACCGCAGGACUGGGCGCCAUCGAAGCCCACACAUCGAAGCGCCCUAUCUGACAGCAUCCCAGAACUUGCAAGUGCAGGCGGCACGCCCGCCAACGACGAGCUGUUCUGGGCCAGUCGCGGCCUUUACACUCCCAACACAUUGUCUCGCGUCCGGGAGCUUCUGACCCCCAUAGGAUCGGAGUACUCAAAUGCAGGAUUCUCCCCGGCUGCUUUCCUAGACUAUUCGUACUCGCCGGGGCAAGGAGAUCGGUGGAUCGAUAUUGACAUUGAACGAGGGGAGAUCAUCGAAGACGACGAGUUGGAAGCAGCAUCCAAUCAAGACAAGGAGGAAGCCAAACUCGAAAAGUCAAGAUUCUCUAGUACCUCUUCCUCUAAGUCCGAGUCGGCGACUGCGCAUGUGGUCGCUGUUGACAAGGAAAACGAUUUCAAGCAACGGUCGUCGUCGCUCAGCCGGUUGCCCGAAGGGAAGGUGAGUGUGAGCUGGUACCGACGAUCGUUGUCGGAGACAUCGUUAGGCGUGGAGCAAGCUGUCAAGGAUCCUGCAAAGCCUAAUAUCUGGGAGGUGGGAGUUUCCGCACCCGAAACGGCAGCCUCAGCCUCGGAUGCUAACCUAAAGGUAGGAUCGUUUUCGCGAAGAUUUUCGCUGAAUUGGAUCAUGUGCAGAGACAAGAGAGUGGUGUUCUCCGCGGCUUCGCCGUCUCCGCAAUCGGACCCCAAACAGAGGACGCGGCCCAUUACCAUAUAACCACCAUUCACUUGUGUAUAGAACUCCAAUUCGCUGGUUUAGUCGGCUAGUAUUCAUUCCGUGCACGUCUGCCAUGGGUGCGGUUCAGGCCUCAUGUCUGCGCACUCGGUAUCGUUUUGUGUAGGAGGAGUCGCGACCAGAAUCAGUGCUCAUCUCGUCGAGAACUAGAUCUAGCCACAAAACGAUAAUUUAGAAGCUGUUUGUCGAUGACUGUUUUGGCAAAAACUGUUGUGCUGUGCGUGGUACCUGGCCAUCGUUUACUGAAACAUUCUUAUCAGGAAUCUCUGAAACGUUUAUUUCAAUAAGAAUGAUUGGGUACAUGUCCCAUCGAUUAUGUCGUC